AUGACGAGUCACGAUCGGAAACUGAAAAUCCUCAUCACGGGGGCUGCGGGAUUCCUCGGGUCCAACCUUGCAGAUUACCUCCUUGCAAAGGGCCAUGUAGUCAUUGGAAUGGAUAGCUUCCAAACCGGCUCUCCCCAGAACCUAGAGCAUCUCAGGAGCCAUCCCGACUUUACAUUUGUCAAUCAAGAUAUCCAAAUGCUCCUGGCGGAUGUGGGCCAGAUCGAUCAGAUUUACAACCUAGCAUGCCCAGCCAGUCCUAUUCAGUAUCAAAAAGACCCGGUCUCAACGCUACGGACAUGCUUUCAGGGAACGCAAAAUGUGCUCGAGCUAGCUAUAUCACAAAAUGCCCGCGUCCUGCAUACUAGCACAUCAGAGGUAUAUGGUGAUCCCCGAGUUCACCCCCAACCCGAAACGUACUGGGGAAAUGUCAACCCCUUCGGGAAGCGAUCUUGCUAUGAUGAAGGGAAGAGAGUAGCAGAAGCACUGUGCUAUGCCUACCAAGAACAACACGGCGCCGAUAUCCGUAUCGCUCGUAUUUUCAACACAUAUGGCCCUCGGAUGAACGGCAGCGAUGGUCGGGUCGUGUCAAACUUUAUCGUUGCUGCAUUGUCGGGUGAAGACAUGAAGAUCACCGGCGAUGGAUCUGCAACGCGGUCUUUCCAAUAUGUCACGGACUGUAUGGAAGGACUCCAUCGCCUAAUGAACAGUGGCUAUAGUGAUGGGCCUGUCAACAUCGGAAACGAUGGGGAGUUUACUAUCCAGCAGCUAGCAGAGAUGAUAGCGGGCCUCGUGGCCGAGAUGACCAACCGGCCUAAGGUCAACAUAACCUACCAUCCACUUCCUGCAGAUGAUCCUGCUGUUCGUCGACCACAGAUUUCGCUUGCCAGAGCUGUGUUGGACUGGUGCCCCACAAUCCCGCUGCAAGAAGGGCUGCGAAGAACGAUUGAGUGGCAUAUGAGCGAGCGAGCCGUGCCCUAG